UUUUUUUUCCCAACAGAAAAUAUGAAAACGAGGGUCUCACACCUAUACCUCCGAAUAACCCGGGAAACAAAAAAAGCACCUCCGAUCGAAAGAAAUGGCAACGAACGAACAAAUUACUUGUUGGACUCUCCCUUCUUCCUCUCUUUCUCUCUCCUUCGCCACCCCAAAAAAAAAAAACCCAAAAAAAAAGAAGAGAAAAUUCCCUCUCCUUCUUUCUAAUUUCCGGACAGAUUUUAUUUUUUUCUCCAUUCCGACGAAAGGAAAUGAAGCUGGUGUUGUAGGGGGGUGAUUUUCUGUCCGUUCAAACCCACCCCCUCCCAACAUCCGGCCCAUUUCCCCCCCUCAAUCCGGGUCGGGUUUCCGUACAUCCUCGGCGGGCGUUUGGAUCCGAUUGAUGGGGUUUAGUGGGUCACAGUAAUGGGUUGCAUUAGCUCCAAGAAGGCAAGGUCCGAAUCGCCUCCGUACUACUACGCCGCCUCCUCUUCUUCCUCGUCGGCCAACACAAGCCGGAGCAAUGCGCCGAGCGUCCUUGCGCCCUCAUCGCUGCUGCACGUGCGCGGCGGGCCGUUGGAGAAGAUAAAGGAGGAGCCGGAGAAUGAGGAUGGGGCGGAGGAGGAGGAAGAGGAGGAGGAUGAUGGACCGGCGGCGGGGAAAAGGAACAAUUUUUCGAGCUAUUCCGGAAAUUUGAAGGCGAUAAAGGGAGGGUCUUCUUCUUCACAGCAUCACAAUAAUAAAAAGUCAGUCUUUAGCCUUAAGUUUGGGAGGUUGACGGAGGGCGAGCACGCCGCCGCGGGGUGGCCGGCGUGGCUAUGCGCUGUCGCCGGAGAUGCCAUUGAUGGGUGGCUUCCUUUGAGAUCGGAAUCGUUCAAAAGAUUAGAGAAGAUUGGACAAGGUACGUACAGCGAUGUUUACCGGGCGCGUAAUGUGGAUACCGGUAAAAUAUUCGCUGUCAAAAAGGUGAGAUUCGACAAUUUUCAGCCCGAGAGUGUGAGAUUUAUGGCCCGUGAAAUCCUCAUUCUACGAAAACUCGAUCAUCCGAAUGUAAUGAAGCUCGAGGGUAUAAUCACUUCUCGAUUAUCGUGUCAUAUAUACCUCGUCUUCGAAUACAUGGAACACGAUCUUGCUGGACUUUUAUCAUGCCCCGAUAUCAAAUUCACCGAUUCACAGAUUAAAUGCUAUAUGAGACAGUUAUUGUGUGGGCUCGAGCAUUGCCACUCGAGAGGUAUAUUGCACCGAGAUAUUAAGACGUCGAAUAUUUUGGUAAAUAACGAAGGGGUUUUAAAGAUAGCCGAUUUUGGUCUUGCGAAUUUUAUGAGGCCGAAAAACAGACAACCUUUGACUAGUCGGGUUGUGACUUUGUGGUACCGCCCGCCCGAGCUUCUUAUGGGGUCCACAAAUUACGGCGAAGCGGUCGAUUUAUGGAGCGUUGGUUGUGUUUUUGCCGAGCUUUUUAUCGGAAGGCCACUCUUUAAAGGAAGAACCGAGGUAGAACAAUUGCAUAAAAUAUUUAAAUUAUGCGGUUCUCCGGCGGAGGAUUAUUGGCAAGUGACGAGACUUCCUCUAGCGAAUAUGUUUAAACCUCAACAGCCUUACGAAAGUACACUUAGAGAGAGAUGUAAAGAAUUACCGAAAAGUGCGGUUAACUUGAUAGAAACUUUUCUUUCUAUCGAGCCUUACAUGCGCGGAACAGCUUCUUCUGCUCUUGAUUCUAAGUACUUCACGACGAAACCGUAUGCGUGUGAUCCAGCAAGUUUGCCGAAGUACCCUCCGAACAAAGAGAUCGAUGCGAAAUACCGCGAAGAUGCAAGAAGGAAAAAGGCGGGCAACAUGGCUCAUGCACAACAAGCCGGAUCGCGCAGGAGAUCCCGUAAACCAUUGCAAGAACCGAGCGAAUUCUUUAAAGUCGUUCCAACUGAGGCGGGCGAAGCCAACCACGUCUCGCGUAGGACCCACGGGGGAAGUGCGAACGCGUACCGAAGAAGAAGCGGGCACGGGUCCCGCACAACACUAAAGCAACAACCGUACGACACAAUGUCGGACGCUUCUCAACUGACGGCGGAAUCCCAAGCCUCCCACCAAUCGAGCACCCGCUCGGUUCCCGUGCUUGCCGCCACAUCAUCGAGCAAUUUCGAGUGGCCCAAAAGGCAAAGAUUUCAACUCCAAUCCACCUCAACAAGUCGACCGUCGAGCGCGCUCCACGAAAGCGACGAUGCUUUGGACUCGGAAAACGACGGGCCCACGGGCCGAAACGAGGCCGCCAGACGGGCCAUGCUUUGGGAACAAGAGCACUCGCAUCGCCCCGAUUCUUUGCAUUCGUCCGGUAUUUACGAGUCUCAAGAAUUAUAUGAGGGUAAUGGCAAUAAAAAGAAAGGAAGGGUUGCAUUUUCCGGGCCAAUGAUAUAUCAGUCGCAAGAAAUCGACUCAAUCCAGCACGACCAAUCUCGUCACGUCGCUCAAAGAUCCCGUUUCUCCAAAGAUUUGUGAUCCAACGGGUGCGAUCUGAUCAAUCUUGUCGACGAAGCAAUGCCGGCUAAACGAGCUCCAACGGAAACUAGAGAAUCUCUAACAAUGGCUAUAUAGCAUCUCAAGGUAGUUUUUUUUUUGCUCUAGCUUUUUUUGGCAUUGCACCAGUUAUAUAUAUUCAUACAGAGAAAUAAAGCUGUAGAUUUAUUCAAUAUAUAUAUAUAUACAUAUGUAUAUAUAUAUGUAUGUAUAAUUGGCUGAGAUGUGAAGAAUUUUGAGUGGAGAAAAGCUGCUAAAAGAAUAUAUUUGUCAUUGCAUCAGGACCAGCUUAGUAAUAGGAAUCAGCCAAAUCUCUUUUGAUUUUCAACUUCACCUGUAACAUAAGAAUAAGACAAUUUUUUUAUUUUUUUUAAUGUUAUUUUUUGUUUAUUUU